AAAUGACGUGGAAAACGGAGCCCGUUUUCUCUGCCUGACAGCGGUGUGGAGAUGCGCGAAAAACCGCGCCAAAUUUAGACGUUUUAUCAGCGCGUCUGAGAGAGAAGAGAUACCGCGAUAAAAAAAUUACCACCUCGCGCGCGUUUCAGAAUGUCAGACCCAUCCUCAUCCCCUCCGCCUGGACAGAAGCCCGCGCUGAAAUCCACACCGAGCCGCUUUCAAGUAGCCCCGGUCUCAGACUCAGCAUCAGCAUCCUCAGCAAGCGGAGCUCCGAGAACUCCUCCAAGAUCCAGAUCUUCAUCAGCAGGACGGGCAUCCGAGGGACCUUCCGGCGGAGAGGAGGCCAAGGGUCGGUUCCGUGUGGUAAACUUUCUGGACCCGUCAGGAGCUCCUGCUGAAGGAGGGUCUGAUUUUGGUUUUAACGGGGACACGGUGAGAAGCGAGGCCAGCCUGCACUCCUCCACAGGGGGUCUCAGCCACUUCUCGGACACCCACUCCAGCACCUAUUACCUGAGAACCUUCGGGCACAACACCAUCGAUGCAGUCCCGAACAUUGACUUCUACCGGCAAACGGAGGCAACUCUCGGGGAGAAACUCAUCCGACCGUCGCUAUCCGAACUUCAUGAUGAGCUGGACAAAGAACCCUUUGAUGAGGGGUUUGCAAAUGGAGAAGAGCCAGCUGCUGCAGAGCAGGCUGCAACGAAAGUGGCACCUGAGUCCAAAGGGGGCACAGUGAAGUUUGGAUGGAUAAAGGGCGUCCUGAUACGAUGUAUGCUGAAUAUCUGGGGAGUGAUGCUUUUCAUUCGGAUGUCGUGGAUUGUUGGUCAAGCAGGCAUUGCUCUGUCUUGUGGUAUAAUUCUAAUGGCUGUUGUGGUGACCACUAUUACUGGUCUCUCCACCUCAGCGAUAGCCACCAAUGGCUUUGUGAGAGGAGGUGGAGCAUAUUACCUGAUAUCUAGGAGCUUGGGCCCAGAGUUUGGUGGAUCUAUUGGCCUCAUUUUUGCCUUUGCUAAUGCUGUUGCUGUUGCCAUGUAUGUUGUGGGUUUUGCUGAAACUGUGGUGGAGCUCCUGGAUAGUGUAGAUGCUCUCAUGACGGAUGAGAUCAAUGACAUCCGGAUAGUUGGCACUCUUACCAUCAUCUUACUCCUUGGCAUAUCUGUAGCAGGAAUGGAAUGGGAGGCUAAGGCCCAGAUUGUGUUGUUGAUCAUUCUCGUGGCAGCAAUCUUUAACUACUUCAUUGGCUCAUUCAUCCCCAUGGAAUCAAAGGAACCUAAGGGCUUCUUUGGCUAUAAUGUCGCAAUCCUGUUAGAGAACAUGGGUCCAGAUUUUAGGGAUGAAGAAACCUUUUUCUCUGUCUUUGCCAUCUUCUUUCCAGCUGCAACAGGGAUUUUAGCAGGAGCAAAUAUCUCAGGAGAUCUCUCAGAUCCACAGUCUGCCAUUCCUAAAGGAACCCUGCUAUCUAUUCUCAUAACUGGUGUUGUUUAUAUCGCAGUUGCCUUUUCUAACGGCGCCUGCAUUCUACGAGAUGCUACAGGUGAAGAUAAUGACACCAUUAUAGGCUCUCUGGAGAACUGCACAGUCGCAGCCUGUACACUCGGCUAUGACUUCUCCAUUUGCAAGGAGGGUGGCUGCAAGUACGGAUUAAUGAAUGAUUUUCAGGUUAUGAGCUUGGUCUCUGUAUUUGGGCCACUUAUCACUGCUGGAAUCUUCUCUGCCACUCUUUCAUCAGCUCUUGCUUCACUGGUCAGCGCUCCCAAAGUGUUUCAGGCUCUGUGUAAGGAUAACAUCUAUCCUGGCUUGCGGAUUUUUGCUAAAGGAUAUGGUAAAAACAAUGAGCCUCUGCGUGGCUAUGUCCUCACAUUCUUCAUUGGCUUGGCCUUCAUUCUAAUCGCUGAGCUAAAUAUUAUUGCUCCCAUCAUUUCCAACUUCUUCCUGGCCUCUUAUGCCUUGAUCAAUUUCUCUGUCUUCCAUGCAUCACUGGCAAACUCCCCAGGCUGGCGUCCAAGUUUUAAGUAUUACAAUAAGUGGGUGUCACUGGCUGGAGCAGUGCUGUGCUGCGUGGUUAUGUUUGUAAUCAACUGGUGGGCUGCCCUCCUUACUAAUGUCAUUGUUCUGGCAUUGUACAUAUAUGUCAGCUACAAGAAGCCAGAUGUGAACUGGGGAUCAUCUAGACAAGCUUUGAUGUACAACCAGGCCCUGGCACACAGCCUGCAUUUAACUGGUGUUGAGGACCAUAUCAAGAACUUCAGACCACAGUGCCUGGUGAUGAUUGGCUACCCCAAUGCAAGACCAGCAUUACUUCACCUAGUGCAUGCUUUCACAAAAAAUGUGGGUCUGAUGAUCUGUGGCCAUAUUCGCAUGGGUUCCCGAAGGCCAAACUAUAAGGAGAUGAUGAAUGAUCAAAUCCGCUACCAGCGCUGGCUUCUCAAGAAACGGAUCAGGGCUUUUUAUUCUCCUGUGUUUGCUGAGGACCUCAGACAAGGAGCCCAAUAUCUACUACAAGCUGCUGGUUUGGGACGUUUAAAGCCAAACACUUUAGUAUUUGGCUUCAAAAACAAUUGGCGAGAUGGGGACAUGAGAGAUGUGGAAACAUACAUCAACACAGUUCAUGAUGCAUUUGACCUACAGCAUGGUGUUGUUAUUAUAAGACUGAAGGAAGGUCUUGAUAUCUCCCACAUUCAAGGCCAAGAUGAGUUUAUGUCAUCCUAUGAGAAAGCUCCAGUAAUGAAGGAACUGUUGGUGGCUAUCAGCAUUGGAAAAGAUAUGGACAGUGAUUCCUCAAAACCAUCGUCUAAGACCACCAGUUGUCAAAGCAGUCCACUCAUCAUCAGAGACACCAAGGGUCCUUCUGUGCAGCUUAGCAUUGCAGAUGAGAAGCUGCUGGCAGCUAGUCAGCAGUUCAAGAAGAAACAGUGCAAGGGCACUAUUGAUGUUUGGUGGCUGUUUGAUGAUGGAGGAUUGACACUGCUGAUUCCAUAUUUGCUUACAAACAAGAAAAAAUGGAAAGACUGCAAGAUCCGUGUAUUUAUUGGUGGAAAGAUCAACAGGAUUGAUCAUGAUCGCAGAGCAAUGGCUGCAUUGCUGAGUAAGUUCAGGAUUGCCUUCUCUGACAUCACUGUUCUUGGAGAUGUGAACAUUAAGCCAAAAAAACACAAUAAAGAAAGGUUUAUGGAGAUGAUAGAGCCAUAUAGGUUGAAGGAGGAAGAUAUGGAGCAGGAGGCUGCUGAGAGACUGAAGGCUGAGGAGCCGUGGAGGAUUACUGAUAAUGAACUGGAAUUGUACAGGGCCAAGACUAACCGUCAAAUCAGAUUGAAUGAACUGCUGAAGGAACACUCAAGCACAGCAAAUCUCAUUGUCAUGAGCAUGCCACUUGCCAGGAAGGGAACAGUGUCCAGCGCUCUCUACAUGUGCUGGCUGGAGACAUUAUCUAAAGAUCUCCCACCGAUUCUGCUUGUGAGAGGAAACCAUCAGAGCGUCCUAACCUUCUACUCAUAAAAGCAUGUAAAAAUGCGUUUUGGAAGCACAAGGACAGUACAGUGUUACAAUCAGUAUGGCUGUGUGGUGACCUGCGUCUUGUCAAAUCUUCAUUUAUCAUUUAUUUCUUCAUAUGGAAGAUGUUAUGCCAGUUUAACCUGCUAACUAAACAAUAUAUUUAUUUGAUUACUUAUUUGUGUUUUAUAUACAGUGGCAUAGUUUGGUUUUGGUUACUGUAAAUAGUUAUGUAAAAUUUUUGCUUAGCGUCCAGAUUUGAUAAGUUCAAUCCAUCAUACAUUUCUCUACCGGUGAAAUGUGCCUUGUGCCACUUGCUGCAGCACAACUGCAAAGCAUGAUCGAUCAGCCUCUGUACGUAACAAAUUUUGGACCCUUUUGUCUACAAAAAAAAUUGUUUCCCAAAUGUCUUGUAUAGAUGCUUCUUGACCAGGGGUGCCCAAAUUUUGCAAGCUAUUGUAACACUUGUGGCUCAGCAGACCAAGAUGCUGACACCAUGGCCAAAAGGUCAUUUUGCUUCACCAUCAGUGGUCAUUGUGAUGCUGUCCAGCACAGGCAUCUGUUGGCUGAGAGCUGGGGAUCUGGUGAUUUCCUCAGAGAGCAUUUACUGGCUAGUAAUGCUGCAAUGGCAGCACUGCAAUUGCUAGUGGGAGUUAGUGGGAGUCCUAAUGAGUAGAUGGGUUAAUAGGCUAAGCUAAAUUAGGUUAAAAAAAAAUGGAUCAAAAUUCUUUGAGGCGAUACAUUUUUAUAGUUGGAACAGAUCCACCUACUUUUUUUAUUUUGUAUGCAUGUAAAUAAAUUAAUAAAUACUUAAUUUUGAUCAGGAUUUCUAAACAAAUAUUAAUGUUAGCCCAAUAAUACAUUAAUAAACUUUAAACAGGGUCAACAGAAGAUUUGAAUGGCUAUAAAAAAAAAAAAAGUCUGUAUAAAUACUGUAUAUACAUGCACACGCCUCAUUUCUAUCUUUGUUUUUUUGUUUUGUUUUUUUUGGAAGCAAUGUCAUCAAUAUAUGAUACAGCUCUGGAAAAAAAUAAGAGACCACUUCAGUUUCUGAAUCAGUUUCUCUGAUUUUCUAUUUAUAGGUUUAUAUUUGAGUAAAAUGAAAAUUGUUGUUUUAUUUUAUAAACACAGGCAACAUUUCUCCCAAAUUUCAAAUUAAAAUAUUGUCAUUUAGAACAUUUAUUUGCAGAAAAUGAGAAAUGGGUGAAAUGACAAAAAGAUGCACAGCUUUCAGACCUCAAAUAAUGCAAAGAAAACAAGGUCAUAUUCAUAAAGUUUUAAGAAUUCAGUAUUCAUUAUUUGGUGGAAUAACCCUGGCUUUCAAUCACAGUUUUAAUUCAUCUUGGCAUUUUCUCCUCCACCAGUCUUAUACACUGCUUUUGGAUAACUUCAUGUCACCUGGUGCAUAAAUUCAAGCAGUUCAGCUUGGUUUGAUGGCUUGUGAUCAUCCAUCUUCCUCCUGACUGUAUUCCAGAGGCGGUCCCUUAUUAUACUAUAUAUUCUGUCUGGUAACUGGACUGAUUUGAAAAUGCUAUUGAAAAUACAGCCUGUUUUAGGACACUUCUACAAGACGAUUCCAUUACAUCAUUAUUCCCUCUGUCUCUUCUGCUUAUUAGGAUGGAGUCUGCAUGCAUGUAAUCUAUUCAUUUUAUCUGGUUAGAGCUGUCUUCACACUGCCGGCUCUGUUACACAUGUUCCAACGCUAAUGCUGUUAAACUGUGUCUGCUAGCUGUAGAUCAGAGCACCUCAAGGCUUUUAGUUACCAGCUUGAGCAAUGCCAUCUGUCACUGUGCUGUCAAAGACAUAAAGUCUGAUAUAACGGAUAUAACUAGUGUGAUUCUUUAACACUGAACCCAGUAAAUAAAUUAAUUUUAACAAGG